GUUGCUUUUACAGUGGCCAGUCAACCAGCGUCUUCAGCAAUGGGCAUAUGAAGGAAUGACUUACUGGAGCAACUGUAAAGCAAAGCUUGGACAUUCCCUCAUUCCAGAACAAUCCUUGCGUCUGGAUCCCGGCGGAACAUGCCGGGUCGAUUACACGCGCCACAUGGCGAGGCAGCUGAGUCGCCGUCCGCCCGGGUCGCUCCCACGUACGCCCGGAUCCGCUGAGCCGCGCGGUCCGUGUUACAACGGGAUCUCAGAUUCCUCUUCAAGAGUGUAAUGCAACGCAGGAGAUUACAAUUGGCAGGGGGCUGAGGUGAAGUGCAGUUCGUCAGGAGAGCCGUGUCAGGGUGGGCCUUGGCCUUGAAUUCCAUUCUACUGGUACGUCUUCCAUGAAUAGACAUUCUAGGCCCUUCUAUAAAUAUCUGGGAGGGGGGCUGGCGGGGUUUAUAAAGCCAGCAGGCGGGGGAGAGAGAGGCCAUAACUCGCAGACGGCUGAGAGAGAGAGAGAGAGUCAGGGUCUCCGUCUUUUGGAAAGCAAUGGAGCGACGUGUUCCCUUCACCUUCCUGCGCACCCCCAGCUGGGACCCCUUCCGGGACUGGCUCCAGGGCAGCCGGCUCUUCGACCAGUCCUUCGGCAUGCCCGCCGUUCCGGAGGAGUGGUACAACUGGCCGGGCGCCCAGUGGCCCGGGUACAUGCGCACGGCCGCCCCCCUGGUAGAGGCGGCCGCGGCAGCGGGAGCGGGGGGACCCCUGAUGGGCCCUCCUCCGUCCCCCUACGCCCGCGCCCUGUCCCGCCAGCUCAGCAGCGGCGUGUCCGAGAUCAAGCAGACCCCCGAGCAGUGGAAGGUCAGCCUGGACGUCAAUCACUUCUCACCCGAGGAGCUGGUGGUGAAGACCAAGGAUGGGAUGGUGGAGAUCACAGGGAAACACGAGGAGAGGAAGGACGAGCAUGGCUUCGUGUCCAGAUGUUUCACCAGAAAGUACACACUGCCCCCUGGCACCGAUGCUGAGAAGGUCUCAUCCUCCCUGUCUCCAGAGGGCGUCUUAACCGUGGAGGUCCCUCUGCCCAAGCCGGCGAUUCAGUCAGCCGAGGUCACCAUCCCCGUGACCAAGGCUGUGAGCGAAGCCAAGAAAUAAAAAAGGGGGCUUUCGCCGAGGUCCCGCAGCGUCGCUGCGAUCAGGGGGAGAAAAGGAAGUAAUGCUGAGCCUUGAGUGCAGAUCGACCAUUUAUAAUCAAACGCCCACGUGCCUCGCUUCCGCAGCGAUUAGCGUAUUGUUAAGAGCGAAGACAUAUCGCUAUUUUCAUCCCGUCUCCUUUCCAGCUAAUGAGCCGGCUCCGGCUGCGCACGCUGUGUAAACUCAUCUGCGCGAGCGCCAUAUGCUGCCGUUGCGGUAAUUGUAUUCUUCAUUUGAAUUGAGAAAACUCAAAUUACCACACAUCCACCGCCCCACGCUGCAACCCCUCCUCCCACCCAGUCCCCAACGUUAUUUGCUUACCAGGCAAUGAAGGUAAUUAGACACGCGUGGUACAUCGCAAGCGGUUUUUCUUUUGCGUUGUUGUCGUUAGCCAAUGUCACUCAGUGCUUAGCGAGCAUCUCCACCGGCCGGAUUUCAGUGGAAACCCCCAAGACCAUCGCGCACGUCAGUUAAACCGCCUGCCUCUUGAUACCCCGAAACCUUUAUUACAUCAGUGCUCCAAAAACAAGCUCCAACUUCACUAGAUUUGGCAUGUUGGGUGAAUUCCUGCAUUAUCUGUUCAUUGAAUUAGUUCUGCACCUCAAGUGCAUUUGCAUUGAGAAUGGUAACAGUGUUAUGUUUCUGGACUGCUAAUACUAAGUCUAAACUUGCUGAAUUUGUGCAACAAAGGACAUCCAACUAGCCUCUCAAAUUGUAGUUUACACAGCAUGUUCCUUGGAUUGCAGUUGCAAAAUUUCUAAACUACUAACAUUUGCACUUUGACUCAAGCCAAUGCCAAUUUCAUCUGUCCUUUCAAUUGAAAAGUUCUAUUCAUGCAUACAGAGAAUAAACUUUUUGGCUUAAAAAAUGUA